GCAAAGGCAGCCAUCCAAUAAACGAAAGGAAACAAUUUGGUGUGGGUAUUAUCUGCCACGGCGACGCCUGAUUGGAACCCAUCUCCAAAUCUCUCUUAUAUCAAAGAAUUCUCAACUCUCUGCUCUGUUCUUUGUCAUUUCUCAGUUUCUCUGCCCCAACUUCCACGGAAAUCAUUUCUACCACACCAUUCCAUUUCUCUCUCGAGCUGAAAACUGACAGAAUUUUGAGAAGGAAAAAUGGAUUAUGUAUAUGCACCUGGAAAAAACCAUCUGUUCGUCCCGGGGCCGGUUAACAUACCGGAACCAGUUCUGCGGGCGAUGAACCGAAACAAUGAGGAUUACCGUUCUCCUGCUAUUCCUGCAUUGACAAAAACUCUUCUUGAAGAUGUGAAGAAGAUUUUCAAAUCUACUACUGGAACCCCAUUUAUGAUUCCCACAACUGGUACUGGUGCCUGGGAGAGUGCUCUUACAAACACACUGUCUCCUGGAGAUAGGAUUGUGUCCUUUCUGAUUGGCCAGUUUAGUCUGCUCUGGAUUGAUCAGCAGCAGCGCCUUAACUUCAACGUUGAUGUCGUGGAGAGCGAAUGGGGCCAGGGUGCCAAUCUUGAUGUCCUGGAAUCGAAGCUUGCUGAGGAUGGCGGGCAUACGAUUAAGGCAAUUUGCAUUGUCCAUAACGAGACAGCCACGGGCGUCACGAACGACUUGUCUAAAGUUCGGUUCCUACUUGAUAAGUACAAGCAUCCUGCACUUUUGCUGGUCGAUGGAGUGUCGUCGAUAUGUGCACUUGAUUUUCGGAUGGAUGAAUGGGGAGUCGACGUUGCUUUAACCGGUUCCCAAAAGGCUCUUUCUCUCCCAACAGGAAUUGGAAUCAUAUGUGCCAGCCCGAAAGCGCUCGAGGCGUCCAAAACUUCAACAUCAGUUAAAGUUUUCUUUGACUGGAAAGACUACCUCAAGUUCUACAAACUAGGAACAUACUGGCCAUACACUCCUUCCAUUCAGCUCUUGUAUGGACUAAGGGCAGCUCUUGAUCUUCUUUUCGAGGAAGGUAUCGACAAUGUGAUCGCUCGACACAGCCGUCUUGGCAAAGCGACGAGGCUUGCUGUGGAGGCUUGGGGGUUGAAGAACUGUACACAAAAAGAGGAAUGGUACAGUGAUACUGUGACUGCUGUGCUUGUUCCUUCUUAUAUCGACAGUUCAGAAAUUGUGAGAAGGGCAUGGAAGAGAUACAAUUUGAGCUUGGGACUUGGACUGAACAAAGUUGCUGGCAAAGUCUUUAGAAUUGGUCACCUUGGAAACCUUAAUGAGCUGCAAUUGUUGGGAUGUCUUGCUGGUGUGGAAAUGAUACUCAAAGAUGUAGGGUACCCUGUUAAACUAGGGAGUGGAGUUGCUGCAGCUAGUGCAUACUUGCAAAAUACCAUCCCUCUCAUUCCUUCAAGGAUUUAGUUUAUCUGUCAUGCCCAUGUAAUGUAAUUAACUUCCAUUUUCUUCAUUUCCAAUGCUCUGUA